GUCGCGUUGGUAAACCCUAAGGGUUUAGGGUUUACAGCUGUGCCUUAUCCAGCACAUCCAUAUGAGCGUUAUUUAGAUGAUGCUGAGGCUGUGUCUCGCACUCCUUUUCUUUUUUUGGGGUUGGGCUGCUGCUGCUUGCUGCUGGCUCCUGCUGCGCUGCUGCUGGACCUGCCCUCUGCAGCAGCAGCAGGCAGCUGCAGCGGCUGCAGCGGCUGCUGCAGCAGCAGCAGCAGCAGCCGCAGCAGAGGCAGCUCUGGACAGCCGCCAGCGGAGUUCGGCGGAGUCCUGGUCAGCUCUGAGGCCGCACUUCACGCCCAGCAGCAGCAGCAGCAGCAGCAGCAGCAGCAGCAGCAGCAGCAGCAGGGGUGCGACUUAUGUGAGUCAGAGAAGCACCAAAGUGGCAGCAGCUCUUCAGGUGUCUUCAGCGUUUGGCUGGUGUAUGUGCUGCUUGGGCUGUCUGUACACCUCACCACUGUUUUCUGGGAAGCAACAGCAGCAACUCUUGUGGGGCCCCACCUCACUUAUGACCCCGAAGCAGCAGCACUUGCUGCAGCGCGGCAGCAGCAGCAGCAAGCGCCCGCCCACCGCCACCUGCAGCAGCAGCUGCAGCAGCACCUGCAGCACCACCUGCAGCAGCAGCAGCAGCAGCAGCAACUGGGCGCAGCAGCAGCUCUUAUUGACCUUGGAAUGACUGCUCUAGGCGGGGGUCUUGCUGCUGUUGCCAGCCUCAUAGGCCGCGUUGGCUGGGGCCUGAUAUCUGACAUUUGGGGAGGGGCUGCUGCAAUAGUGGUGGCGGAGAUAUCGACGCCGUCGACGUUCAGCUGUCUGUACACCCUGGCGUACACCUCGAAGCCGGCGAGCGCGUGUCUGUCUUCAUUUCUUUUAACUCUUCUUUACCCCAGCGUGGGCCUCAGUGGCUGCACAGCUUUGGCGGCCACUUUCGCCACUUUGUCUUUUCUUCUUUGCCUCGGACUCCCCUCCAAAACUAACCCCCAGCACAAACAGCAGGCCCUUUGGCUGCAGCAAAGCCCCCCAAAGGCCCGCUCCGUGUGA